GAGCGCGAGGAUCCGGACAGCGAGAGUUGGGUGCCGGGACGCCGCUGCGACUCAAAGGGACUCGAAGAACCCGAGAAAUACUUGUUUUAAGCCGGAAUGACGCCCGAGAAGCGACCUGCCGAGGAGGAGGAGGAGCAGGAGCAAGCCAAGAAGCUGAAGGAGGACGAGGACGCCACGGCCUCGGCCUUGAAGGAGAGUGUGGAGGACGACACGAGCCAAGAUAGCGUGGCGUCGGACUCGGCCUCGGCCUCAGACCCCGAGAAGAAGAGACUAUCCCUACCAGAGGAACGUGGUACUCUUGUGUAUUUCGGGUGUGCACAAUGGGAAUUCAUCGGCAGACGCAACCUCAAGAGCAUUCCUUCAAUGAUCCACUAUGUGCCACGGCGCAUUGCAUCCCUAAAGGGUAUUCGCGUGGCUUUUGUGACAUCACACUGCUCGGCUGCCCACUCGAUCAUCUUGACGGAGGAAGGCAAAGUUAUGGCAGUUGGUCGCAACGAGAAGGGCCAACUGGGUGUGGGUGACACAGAAAACAGAACUGGCGUUGUAGCCAUGGACACAAUGUCAGAGUUCACAGUAGUGUCGGCUGCGGUGGGUCGCAACCACACGCUCCUCCUUACUGACCGUGGUAGUGUGUUUGCCUGUGGAGAUAAUAAAUCAGGCCAGUGUGGCACAGGCACCACCACAGCUGUCAUACACACUCCCUGCAGGAUUGACUUCAAGGAGUCCAAGGUCCAGAAGGUCGCUUGUGGUGCAGAAUUCAGCAUGAUUGUUGACAGGAAAGGCUACUUGUAUUCCUUUGGGUUACCAGAGUAUGGGCAGUUGGGGCACAACACUGAUGGUAAAUUCUUUAUUACCAGCAACAAGUUAUCUUACCAACAUGAGCGAUCGCCCAGAAGAGUUCCCAUCUUUGUGGAACGCAGCAAGGACGGGCAUCCCACUCCUGUCACCGAUGUCCAGAUUGUGGACAUUGCAUGUGGAAGCAACCACACUGUUGCCCUUGAUGCCAAGAAGAGAGCCUUCUCAUGGGGCUUUGGAGGCUAUGGUCGGCUUGGCCAUGCCGAGCCCAAGGACGAGUAUAUCCCCAGGCUGAUCAAGUUCUUCGAUGGCCACAACCGCGGGGUUGAGAAGGUCUAUUGUGGCUCCACCUUCACCAUAGCUGUCAGUGUGAUGGGCAUCUUCCUCUGGGGUCAGACCAAGCGUACCGGGGAGGCCAACAUGUACCCUAAGCCCCUGCAAGACCUCUGCGGUUGGGAUGUGCGCUCUGUCGGCUGCUCCAUCACCUCCAUUGUGGUUGCUGCUGAUGAGAGUGUCAUAGCUUGGGGUCCCUCACCCACCUAUGGAGAGCUGGGUCUUGGCGAGAAUGUGAAGUCAAGCACACAGCCCAAGGAGGUGAAGUCCCUGGAGGGAGCCCACGUCAGCCAGGUGUCCUGCGGGAUGGGCCACACCAUUAUGGUGGUGCGGGACGAGACCGAUAAGGACAAGGAGAUCUUGGAGAAGUUGAAAGAGAUUCCCCUUUAAGGAGGAAUUGUUUUUGGUCUUUUUUUUUUAAUUAUUAUUAUCUUUUGUUUUACAUUUUUCUUUUCUUUCUCGUUUUUAAGAAUUAGAAAGAUACUCCAGAAGGACCACUGUUGCAAACAUGUAUAUACGUACAAGUACGCAUAUAUAUCUAUAUAUCAGCCAGGUAUCAACCUAUUUUGUAUUUUGUUUCUUUUGAGAUAUAUGUAGAAAGUAUUACAAAGAAAAUAAUAAUGAUUAAAAAAAAGACAACAGUGUAAAACACAGUUGUUGGUACAAACAUAAAAGGAGAGGCAACAUGGCAGUUUUGUAAAUGAGGAAGGUAAUGAGUUGGCUAAGGGAGAGUGGUGAGAACUGGCCUCAGCUUGUGGUGCCAGUGACUCGACCAUUGGCCUGGGAGUCCAUCUCUCCCUGGGAUGCGGCAUUGAGUCGUUUCAGAACAGUCCCCCGAGUAGUUUUGGGUAGCUAACCCUUCUACCUCAUGCUAGGCUGAGGUUUUUACAGUAGAGUUAGGUUGCAUUCUGUCAUUUACAUCUAUAUAUACAUAUAUUGAUAAGGAAGACAGUACCUUGCUAUUCCACAGGUGGCUGAUGGAUUUUAUUGCUUUCCAUUUACAUACAUCAUAUGUUUUUUCUUAUCUUUUUAAAUUUUGUCUUGAGCAGGAUCUCUUAUUUAUUAAUUAUUAGCUAUUUGUAAGUUUAUUUUUCUGCAAAGUUCAGCAUCAUUUCUGCAAAUCUGUGUGUAUUUGAGAGGUGUAAGGAACCCGGAGGUACUUGGUUCGGUGUUGUGAGAUGUGGACUGGGAUACCCUAGUUCAAACCAUGUGGAAUAGCCAGAGCAACUUGCGCAGUGACCUGCUUGAAGUUGUCAAAAGUCAUUUGUUCGCAGGUAGGAGACGGAAUAGGUGCGUCUCGGUUUGCCUUUCCUCCGUUCAUUUGUUCUCUUGACAGUGGAAGCCAAUAGCUUUGAGAUUAGAGCAGAGAUUGACAGUUAGUUUUUUUUUUUUUUUUUUCUUUCUUUCUUUUUUUCUUCUUUCUUUCUUUAUUAUUUAACUAACAUUUAUUUGUGUACCAUUAAGAUAUUUCAUAUUUUUUAAGAAUACUUUUCUUUUCUACAUGUAGGUGUUCAAUACCCUCUCUUUUCUUUUCUUUUAUGUGUCAUUUUGGUCGCAGAUCUUCCAUUGAUUUCCCCAUGUUCCUCUUGAUCUGUCAAAUGCCUUCAGUAUUUAUGGCUAUGAAAGAUUAAGCCAUUAUCAAAAACACAAUAUUCUGGUCACAAAGAUGAUAUUCCUAAUAUCCCAUGUGGACAGCGAGCAAAACUUUUUUCCCCCCCUCACGCAUUUCAACAUGUCCAAUGUAAUCUACAGAAAGGGCUUUGGGUCCGUCAUGACCCCUGUUCCCUCUCGUGAGCAUGUCCUUCUUAGACGACUAUCUCUACUGUUAAACACAAGAUGCGUCAGGAGAGGGAAGCAAAAAAAAAAUAUUCUCUUUUUUUAUGCAACAGCUCGCGUUCUCCUGAUGGUGCUUACCUCAUUUUUCUUCUCAUCUUAACUUCUCUUUUUUUAUAUAUACAUAUAAAUUUUUGUAAACAUUCUGAGAUAAAGAUAGAAAAUAAAAGAUACACUGAUGCAACUUGGCAAUUGUUUAGGGAAUAAUUAAUAGCGAGUAAAUACACAUCUUUUCUCUUUAUAAAAUAUGCAUCAAGUGGAUUUUUGUAGUUUUACACUGGGAAGAGAGGAUGGUGGAAGGAGAAUCUGGCUGUAUUUAUCAUUGGACCUCGAAAAAAAAACACAUUCCAUGGAUAAAAAAUGUUUUACACCUCAUCUGAUUGAGUGGUCAGCUUUCUGCAUUGAAAUACCAAGGUUGUGAUGAAUUAAGAAAUGAUUGAAAUUUUUUAAAAGAUACUAAUGAUAAUCCCAAAAUUUGGAAGUUGCUUUUUCAGCCCUAUUUAUACCUAGAAAAGCCACACCAGUCAAAUGAGGUUCUUGUCAGUACUGAGUAACAUUCAGUUAAGCAAGAGACUUCCAACUAAAAAAAGAGAAAUAGUUUUAAGAAAGAAAAAUCAUGCCACUUGGGCAAAAAGCAAGUCUAGCAAGCCACUUGAGCCACUAGCUUAAGCUGCAAUGAGGGAAUUUUUCCAUUUUUUUGGACUCAGGAAUGUUGUGCAAAUACCUGCUAGUUAAGCCAGAACUUCUUGCGUACCUGACCAUUAACACUUAAGUUCUUGACUCAUUUUAGAGAGAGAGAAUGAGAAUUUAAAAUAGUAUAAAAGACAGAAUAAUGAUGUUAACAAUGACAUUGAUAAACCCAACAUCCUCCUGACCCAAAAAAUUGUCCAAAAGAUUACUAACAGUUUCCUUUCACAACAAUCAAAGACAACACACACUGCCACGAACCAGCACUACUGGGAGUUUCAUUGCAUCGUGCUCUGUUGAUCUUAUUGAAUCGAUGGGAGAGAGAAGCAACACACCAACAAACCUUCCAGCUUUUUCUACCAGUAUUACCUAACUAUAUCAAGCAUUGAAGUUUUUGUAACCAUUUUCCAGAACCUGUUUUCAUCACUUGCAUAUUGUGAAACACCAGAGCUAGUAGUUGACCUGCCAAGCAUUUCAUCAUCAUCAGAGAGAGAGAGAGAAAAAAAGAAGAAACAAAUAUUUUGUUUUUUAACACAUGUAUUUUAGACUUUAUGAUUGCCAUUGGUAGAGGAGACUGCUCUUUGCAUGAAACAUCAGCUACGUGAUGUUUGGACAGGGGAGAGAUGUACAAAUAUUACUCGGAACCUUGUUGAUCCUGAAUAGGGUAGAUUAUCCAGGCAAGGUUCCUUUUCUACAAGCUUUAGAAUGUUGUAAGAUACUGUAUUCAAAAAGGAGCAACAAAGCAGUAAUUGCUGCCAUACCUAUUAUCAAGCCUUUAAGUUUUUAUUUAUUUGUUUUGUUUUAUUUUUUUAUUUGUCUAUUUUCUAACCCCCCCCCCCCCCCCCCAGUUGAUCCCUCUGGAUAAAACAGCUUUCAGUAAAUUGAUUAGCAUUCUUGACUUUUCACAAUGAGACUCUAAAUGUUUCACAUUUUCCCGGUAAUUUAGAUCUUGUGAUAGUCUGUGAGGGCCAAAAACUAUACCUGCUCAUAUAUGUAAAGAAUGAUAAAUGUGUAGUCAAGUUUUUAUGUGGUUAUGUAGGGAUUCUAAACUUUUUCAGAUUUAAUUGUAAUAUUUGAAAAGUAAUUUAUAAAAAGAAAAAAUCUGCAAUCUUUAUCUCUUUAAUGAUGAGACAGUAUUACAAGAAAAGAAAUGCUGCUUUUGACAAAGGCAUGCAUACAUAGGUAUGUUGCUCUGUUACUUGAUGUAACUUUUCUGGUUUUACACACAAGAAUUUUCUGAAGGCGACUCUUCAAUUUAGCUCAGGACAAUGAACCAACAAGAGAGAGUGUGUGCCUCCUUAGUUUAAGUGGUUUUCAUGUUUUUCUUUUUUCUUUUUGUUUUAAUUUUAUUUAUUUAUUUUUUUCUUUCUUUUUUUUGCUAAUAACUAGACAACAGAGCCAUCUUUCACAGCAAUUCUACUUUCUCUCUUCAUUUUUUAUUUAUUUAUUUAACUUUUGUAUCCUUUUUUUAAGUAGUUCAAAGGCUAUACAGAGGUAUGUGUAUGUAUGUGCGCGUGUGUUGGUGUGCACAUUGUGUGAUUAAAGAGGUAAGCUUAAAUGUGACCAAUUUUCUUGUCUGUAGGCAUACUAUGUUGAAGGAAUGCUGGUUUACAUAACUGUGUUUGAAUUAGGACAUUUAACAUUAUUGAACCUAUUUUUGAACGGGUAUGUGAGGCUUAAUAACUUAAUAAAUAAAUAAAAAAAAUGAUGCAGUAAAAAAAACAAACAAAAAAAACUGUAGUAUAGUUUAAACAGCUUUGUGAACAAAUAGAAUAUUAACUCUUUGUCAUAAUUUUACAGGGUUGACCAAACAGUCUUCAGUGUACGGCUAGGCUUUUUAAGGGGGUUGAGCAAAUAGCAUUGCUCUGAGCUAGAUCACUCUGGAAUGUUCUAGAAGAUUGUACUGGUGAGAGGUCCCAUCCUAAACCUUCUUCAGAGGACUUCCAUCAUUGUCUAUGUUACAUCCACUUUGGUAUAACUCAUGCAACCUAGUUUAAAGGAAUGAAAAUUACUUGAAUAUUAAUUCAAAGAAAAAAAAAAAAAAAUCCAAAAAAAGGUAAUAAUCCUCAAUGAUACACAUGUCUGGAAGACAUAUUGUGUUCCCAGCAAUAUAUAUAUAUUGUUCCAGUGACCUCAAAAUAAUUCAUGCCUUAAUUUGGAUUUUUCUGGUGAUUUUUCAAAGCUAAAGUAUACCUUGGCAUUUUGUAUUUUACUUUCUUUUUUAAGAGAAGUUAACUUACCCUUUUCUGUUCAAUUAGAGAAAAAAAACAACAGUUUGGUUAAGAGAACAGAUUACACUAAGUGGUAAACAUUCCACGAAAAAAAAAAAAACUUUCUUUAGAAUUACCUUGAUUUUUUUUUUUUUUCUAAUUCUAAUUAACAGGAUUUGAUCUCUACAAGAAGGACGAUUCUCAUUUCAAUUGUUUGUUCGUUUGUGUAAUGACAUGACAUGAAGUAUGAACUCAUUUCUAGUUAGAGCUAAGAGCAGAUUUAGCGCAUAACUAGUCUAGGUUUAGGUUUAACUGUAUAGAAUGUGCAUGUACAAUUUUUAUUAGCCAUUUCUUGAAGAUAUUAGAGUAGUAAGAUCAGUUUUUACAGCCUGUUUAUUUUUAUACCAUGUACGGUGCAACUCACGGACACUCCAUCAGUAUUACAGGAAUGAUUUUUGGCAUUGUAUCAAACUGUAUAUUUUUGCAGUACCUCAUGUUCAGAGUUAAUUAAAUUAUGGGCAGGUUUUGCACCAAAUUAUUAAAUUUGUAUCUAUUAGACUUAGUGUAUUAAUGGUUUAAGAUACUCAUUUUUUGUCUUUUUUUAAGAGUCAUGUUAAAAUAAACUUAAUAUUAUUGGAAUAUGGCUAUUGCCAACAUAAUAAAGUUGGGGCUGCAUAAGCAUCAUAAUCUUGAA